AGACCACUCAGAACUCAUGAUCAUUCAAACCCAAUUUCCAUUCCACAUGAGAGCUUUGCAAUCGACGACCUGAUCAACCUCGCUUAACCUCGCCGGAAACCUGUGUCUCACCUCACCUCGCCGGUGACCUCGACCUCACCUUUCCUCGCAUGUGACUACGACUCCCUAAUGAUUUGGUGUUGUACUCGGUAGUAGCAAGGGGAAAAAGCAAAUUCCCAAAUUUUUUGAAAACCCUGUCUCGUUCUCUUUUGCCUUUGUUCUCCAUAUUUUGUCUGAACAUUUCCAUAUCACCCAGUUCAAACACGAUUUAGGUUUCAAAUUCAAGCAAAAGGAUGGGAGAUUUAACGGUUGACUUUCACGAUAAUCCCUGGUCUAUCUCUUCCAGCUUUUCCCCGAUUCCAUCUUUAUCACUCCUCACAAAAAUCUCCAUCGAUCGUGUUAGGUUUUCUCCACCGAGUAGUCCUCUCGAAGAUUCUAUGUUAAUAUCGGCUUAUCUGUUCACACGCCAUGACUUGCCUCUCUUCUUCUCUACAUAUCUAAAUAACGUCAUCUACAUGUACGAUUUACUCCAUUGCUAACUGGAAUUCCUUCAACUUAUUUUGAAUUUACUCAUUUUGCAUCUCUAUUAUUUUUGAUUUCAUGGUUCUGUAAGUUAGGGUUUGAUUAUGUUGGGAAUUUUUCAUGCUCAUGGAAUAUUCCAUAUGUUAUGUAGCUUAACUGUUAUGCAAAGGUUUGUGUUCUUUUGUUCUUUCUCCUAAUUCCCAAGUUCAAUUGAUUUCUUAUUAUGAACAUAAAGAUUAUAUCUCCUGUAUUGGAUAUGAUACCGAUGUAUUUGGGUAUUAAGCUGGCUGCCCUGGCUUCUAGAAAAGAACUCAUAGAUCUGGAAAAGAGGUUGAGUGGAUCUAAGAUCAAUGUCUCUGCUUCAGGUUUUACCUUCUUUGAGAGAGAAACAUGGUGAAUUCAUGCUCAGAGAGCUUGUUAGAACAUGGUCAAAUCAUAAAGUCAUGGUGAGAUGGGUUUCAAGAUUCUUCCAUUAUCUUGAUCGUUAUUUCAUCACUCGAAGAUCUCUUCCAACUCUAAAAGAAGUUGGCAUUACCUGUUUUCGUGAUCUGGUAUAUCAAGAGUUGCAUGGGAAAGUGAGGGAUGCUGUAAUAUCUCUGAUUGAUCAAGAGCGUGAAGGGGAGCAGAUUGACCGAGGUUUAUUAAAGAAUGUGUUGGAUAUAUUUGUUGAAAUAGGAAUGGGGGAUAUGGAAUAUUAUGAGAAUGACUUUGAAGCAUUCAUGCUUAAAGAUACAGCAGCAUAUUAUUCACGUAAAGCUUCAAGCUGGAUUCUAGAAGAUUCUUGUCCAGAUUAUAUGCUCAAAGCAGAAAAGUACUUAAAAAGGGAGAACGAUAGAGUUUCUCACUAUCUCCAUUUUAGUAGUGAAACAAAGCUUCUUGAGAAAUUUCAAAAUGAGUUGCUAUCCAUGUAUGCAACCCAAUUGCUUGAAAAGGAACACUCUGGUUGUCAUGCAUUACUUAAGGAUGACAAGGUUGAUGAUUUGUCAAGAAUGUUCAGACUAUUUUCCAAAAUACCCCAUGUAUUGGAUCCUGUCUCUAGUAUGUUUAAACAGGCACAGCCUUGGUGA